AACUCUCUCUUCUUCAAAUCACUUUUAGGGUUUGCUCUUCUUCUCACUCCUCGGCCGCCGCCGCUCCUCCUCCGCCGCCUCCGCCGUGCGCUACCACCGCAACCGCCACCAUGGGGCGUAUGCACAGUCGCGGGAAGGGUAUCUCCUCUUCGGCGCUCCCCUACAAGAGGACUCCUCCGAGUUGGCUCAAGAUCUCCGCUCCGGAGGUGGAGGAAAACAUCUUUAAGUUCGCGAAGAAAGGGCUCACGCCGUCGCAGAUCGGCGUCAUCCUCCGUGACUCCCACGGCAUCCCGCAGGUGAAGAGCGUCACCGGUAACAAGAUUCUCAGGAUCCUCAAGGCUCAUGGGCUUGCGCCGGAGAUCCCGGAGGAUCUGUACCACCUGAUCAAGAAGGCAGUGGCCAUCAGGAAGCACCUGGAGAGGAACAGGAAGGAUAAGGAUUCCAAAUUCCGGCUGAUCCUCGUGGAGAGCAGGAUCCACCGUCUCGCCCGCUACUACAAGAGGACCAAGAAGCUCCCUCCGGUUUGGAAGUAUGAGUCUACCACAGCCAGCACUCUCGUCGCGUAGAGAUCCACGAUCUAUUUGUGUCGUGCAAUGAAGAGGCUACUGAUUUUGAAGGUGUAUUGAAAUUAUCUCUGAGAAAACUUUUUGAUCGGACAUUGAACUUCUCUUUAUGUUCUGGUACAUUAUAAGGGACUAGCCCUGUUGCCCAAACCUGUUUGCGUUUCAUUUUAUUUAUGAUUAGCUUGAGAAAGAGAUUUAUCGCAAUUUAAGUGAUGUUCCUUUUUUUUUUUCCCUCCUCUCUUGCUGCCAAAACGUUCUCUCUGUAGUAAGCUUGGUUUUGAAUUAUUAGAAAAGGUUAGAUUAGCUGAGAUUA